GAAAGUAAAAACGCUCAAACUUUCGAAAUAUGACUUAACUUUUGGUUGCGCUGCUCAUACAGUGUGGACAUUGGCAGUUGUCUCAAAUUGAAGCCUUCUGAGUCUGAGUUCCCAUUUUCUCUCUAAGGGUGUGGUGGAAAAAGUGAAAUAUGGCAGAAGUGAGUUUGGGAAUUCUGAUUGAUAUUGUUGACGAAGAAUGGAUGAGAGACACUCUCCCGGAUGAUGAUCUCCCACUCUCCCCAACCCUAGUUGUUCGGACAGAUGAUACCGAGGACCCAAAUCAGGAGACACAAGAAGUUAAUGCGGAUGCUUGGCACGAUCUUGCCUUAGGUCAAGAAUAGAAAGUUGAUUAGUUUCAUGCUUUGGAGUAGGUUUGAGACAAUGAUGCUUCUUGUUACUGAACUACGUGCCAUCCUUCCUAUUUCUUGGAUAAAUUUUAUGCUUCAAUUUUAUGAACCAGUUCAUGUGAUGUCAUUGCCCAUGGAUUGCUGUCACUAGAAGUACCUUGUAUAAUAGAAACCAGCACUUGAUAAUGCAUUUUGGCAUGUUUAUUA